AUGGCGAUGAACAUGGCGGCCUUCAUGACAGGGGGAUCCAGCUCCACUGCUUUGAAUGAAAUAGCGUAUUCUGAACGUGAUGACUGGUACCUGUGUCGUCUGACUCUGAACAUGCCCAGUCAGGCUGACCUGCGGUGGGCCAUGUUCCCCUCCCCUUUCUUGGGCGCCGUGGGUCCGGAUGCUGCACCAGGCUCGGUGGCCUAUCGCCUCUCUGCCCGCCAGCGAGACGGGACACUUGGACACGCCCACUUUCUCCUACUGGAUGGUGGAGAGGAGUGUUUCAAGGUGGACCGCAGUUCUGGGGAGAUCAGGACCACGGGACGACCUCUGACACCCAGCAAAGAGUACCUGCUGCAGGUGCAGGCAGUGGAUGGGCGCGGCCGGAAGGGCCCCCCAGCGACUGUGGCUAUCUUGGCAGGAUACCGCCCCCCACAGUUCACCAAUGCCACCUACACGCUGGAUGUGCCGGAGAACACGCCUGUGGGCCAAGCCAUUGCCCUUGUGCAGGCCAUCUCCUUCCAGAGGAAGAGCCUCUCCUACAUGCUGCUGGUAAACCCUGGGAACCUGUUCAGCAUCAACCAGGAGAGCGGAGCCCUCAGCCUCACCAGGGCUGUGGACUACGAAAGUGGACACACACUCCACAGCCUGCAGGUCCGCACCUCCGAGCCCGACACAGGACUCAGUGGCGUGGUUGAGGUUGUGGUCCAUAUAACAGAUGAGAAUGACUGCACCCCCGAAUUUCUCCAUUCUAUCUACAGCAGAGAUAACAUCCCAGAGAGCACCCCCUCAGGGACCUCACUGCUACAGGUUCUGGCAAGGGACUGUGACACCGGUCUGAAUUCGGAGCUCUCCUACUUCAUACACAGUCCUGACUUCGACAUCACUUCCAGGGGUGUGGUCAGCCCCAGCCGUAGGCUGGACUACGAAAGGCCCAACCACAUGUAUGAGUUUGUGGUUGUAGCUGUGGAUGCAGGAAACCUGCCCCGCACAGGCACCGCCUCCAUCCGCAUCCGCAUGGCCAACAGCAACGACGAGGCCCCAGUCUUCUCCCAGAGCAUUUAUAAGACCUUCCUCAGCGAGGAUGCUGGUCCAGAGACACUGGUGGCAAUUGUCCAUGCCAAGGACCCAGACGGAGACGGCGUCUCCUACGCCAUCACCGGGGGCAACGAGGACAGCAACUUUCAGCUGGACAACCAGAAGGGGAUCAUCAAGCUGCGACAAAGUCCCCCACCCAAGCUGCGGGGCCCCCAGUAUGUCCUGAACAUCACGGCUACAGACGACAACAUAUCGGGGGGACCCUACCCUCUCAGCAGCUCCGCCCAGGUUAUUGUGGGAAUCAAUGACAUCAACAACAACAAACCAGUCUUUCAGGAGUGUCAGAACUACAGCCAGAACUCGGGGGUUUUGGAGAACCAGCCUCCAGGGACUUUCGUUUUGCAAGCCCAUGCCUUUGAUGCAGAUAUAGGGGUCAACGGAGAGGUCAAAUACGGCAUCAUGCACCGUGAUGGGGCAUCAUCUGGCUUUGACAUUGAUCCUGACACAGGUGUCAUCACAACCACUGUGAGCUUUGACCGGGAGCGUCAGAGAGAGUACACCCUGUCAGUGACGGCCACAGACCAAGCCCAGGAGCCCCUCAUUGGUAUCUGCCAGAUUACUGUCUUCAUCGCUGACCAGAAUGACAAUGACCCCAAGUUUGAGAAUAGCCGCUACCAGUACUUCCUGCGUGAAGACACGCCUGUGGGGACUAGUUUCCUGCGAGCAGCGGCACACGACGACGACCAAGGUAGUAACGCGGCAAUCAUCUACUCGCUGUCCAAUCAGAAGCCGGCGUACCUGCACAUUAAUCCCAGCACAGGCUGGGUCUACGUCAAUCAUCCCAUCUCUCAGACAUCCAGGAUCAGCCAGCAAAUCGUGGCGACUGAUGGAGGGAACCGCAGCAGCUCCGUGGAGCUCACAGUCAUCAUCACCAACGUCCACAACCAGCCGCCCCGCUGGGAGCAGGAUGAGUACUGGGUUACUGUGCCAGAAAACACCGUUCGAGACGGCAAGAUAGUGACAAUCAAGGCGACGUCUCCUCUUGGUGACCCCCGGGUGACCUACAACCUAGAGGAAGGUCAGGUUCCAGAGACCAACAUGCCGGUUCGGUUCUACAUCAAACCCAACCGGGCUGAUGGCUCGGCCUCUAUACUGGUGGCAGAGAACCUGGACUAUGAGACCACCCGGUUUUUCACACUGCGGGUUCGAGUCCAGAACGUUGCUGCCGUGCCACUGGCCUCCUUCACUACAGUCUAUGUCAAUGUUACAGACGUGAACGACAACGUGCCUUUCUUCCUGUCGUCCACCUACGAGGCCACCGUUCCCGAGGGAGCAGAGAUCGGAACGUCGGUGGCCCAAGUCUCAGCCACUGACCUGGACUCAGGUCUCCACGGCUUGAUUAACUAUGUGAUCCUGAGGGAUGAGAGUGGGGACUCACAGUACUUCAGUAUCAGCUCCUACACCGGAGUGAUCCGAACCCGUGCCUCCUUUGACCGAGAGCAGAAAGGAUCCUACCUGAUCGAGGUCCAGUCCCAGGACAGCUCAGAGUCUGCAAGACCUGGACAACAGGGACAACCUAACACAGACACAGCCUACGUCCGAAUCUUUGUCACUGACGUCAAUGAUAACGCCCCAGUUUUCGACCAAUCGGUGUACAAGGUGAGCGUGGAGGAAGACAAGGAGGUCGGCUUCGUGCUCAUCACCGUCACUGCCAACGAUGAAGACGAAGGUGCCAACGCCAAACUGCGUUACCAGAUCACAGCGGGCAACACGAUGGGGACUUUUGAUGUGGAGCCAGAGGUGGGCACUAUUUUUGUGGCACAGCCCCUGGACUAUGAGAUGGAGCAGCGCUACGAGCUUCGGCUGGUCGCCUCUGAUGGGAAGUGGGAGAACGAGACGCUGGUGGUGGUCCAGGUGGUAAACCGGAAUGACGAGGCACCUGUCUUUGGCCAGACUGAGUACCAUGCCGUGGUCACAGAAGAGCUCACCCAGUUGCCCGUCUUCGUCUUAGAGGUGUCAGCCACAGACCCAGACCAAGAGGCUGACCAAACCGCACUCCGUUACUCCCUCCAUGGUCAAGGCGCUGGGAGUGAGUUCAGCAUUGACGAACGCUCAGGGAGAAUCUAUGCCCAGCGGUGUCUGGAUCGUGAAGAGCGCCCGGCCUGGAGGUUCCUGGUCCUUGCCACAGACGAAGGCGGGGCGGGACUCACCGGAUUCGCCGACGUGCUGUUGGAGGUCCGUGAUGUCAAUGACAAUGCUCCGUUCUUCCCGUGCCCAACACCUGAUGCGGCUGGCUGCUUCAUUGGCCACGUACCUGAGAACUCCCCUGCCGACACCCCGGUCAUGGAGAUGCGGGCCACCGACCUGGAUGACCCCAAAGAGAGCAGGAAUGCUGUGCUGACCUAUCGCAUCAUCCAGAACAUCCGCAAUGAGAUCAACCUCAACCUGUUUACCAUCAACUCAGCCACGGGGACCAUUUAUACAGUCCUACGUUCUCUUGACCGCGAGCUGGAGGACCGGUAUUUGGUGGUGGUGGAGGCCCGAGAUGGAGGAGGGUUGACGGGGACUGGGACAGCCACCAUCGUGGUCUCAGACAUCAACGACCAUCCGCCUGUCUUCACACAGAGGGUCUACACUGCGCAGGUGGCGGAGGAACUGGAGGUGAACAGCGAAGUUCUGGUAGUUUCUGCCACGGAUGGAGACCAGGGAGAGAAUGCCGUGGUUACCUUCAGCAUCGUCGGGGGUGACGAGGACAGGAAGUUCUUUGUGGAGACUGACAAGGUGAACCGACGCGGUGUCAUACGACUCAAGAAAAAGAUCGAUUUCGAGAAACCCCAUGAGAGGGCUUUUAAUUUGACAUUGAAGGCUGAGGAUGCCGAUUUCUUCACCCUGGCCUACUGUCUGGUGCAGGUGGAAGACUCCAAUGACCACGCCCCUGUCUUUUUCCCACAAUUUUACGAGGCUCCCGCCAUGUCUGAGGACGUUCCAGUGGGGACUAUUGUUGCUCAGGUUUCAGCUACUGAUCUGGACUCGGGACAAAAUGGACGUUUUUCAUUCAGUAUUUCCAAAGAGUCUGACCCAUACAGUCAGUUCCUGGUCGACCAGUCUGGUUGGGUGGUGGUGGCUGAUUCUCUGGACAGGGAGAAAAUCUCACAGCACAGGAUCAUGGUCCUUGCCACAGAUAAUGGCAGCCCGCCCCUCACCGGCACUGCUAUUGUCAUGGUCACUGUGCUCGAUGUCAACGACAACGGACCGGAGUUUGAGGUACCAUACCGACCCGUGGUCUGGGAGAACAUGCCGGCACCCCAAACGGUGCGCAUGAAUGAAUCCUCCCUCCUGCUCCACGCUGCUGACCGUGACACUUCUCCCAACGGCGGGCCAUUUUCUAUCCGCCUCCUCAUGCUCACAUCAGACGCCACCAACUUCAACCUGACAGACCUGCGUAAUGGCAGCGCGGCCGUUACUGCUCUCCGCACCUUUGACCGUGAGCGGCAGAAGGAGUACCGCCUCCCCAUUCUCAUGAUUGACAGUGGCUCCCCUCCAAUGAGCUCCACCAGCACGCUGACGGUUGUCAUUGGUGACCGCAAUGAUCACCCCCAUUCACCUGGUCACACCAACUUUAUCGUCUACAGUUACGAAGGUGUUCUACCGUUCACAGUGCUCGGACACAUCCAGUCGCCCGACCUUGAUGACUGGAGUGAGAAGGUUUACCACUUCGAAGGCACGCCCUCCAGGUUGUUCAGUCUUAACCAAAACUCGGGUCAGCUCAGUAUCAGGGAGGGGACCCCGCCAGGUUCAUACAACCUACAGGUUCGUGUCUCCGACAACACCUGGCCUGAUGUCACCUCCGAAGCGCAGGUCCUGGUUGCAGAGCUUCAUGAGGAGGCCCUCCAGAAUGCCGGCUCCCUGCGCCUGUCUAACCUCACAGUGGAGGACUUCUUCAGCAGCAGAGGAGGGGAGGAGAGCAGGUUCUCUCGUCUCGGACGCCUGCUGGCUGAGCUCCUUCAGACCGCGCCGGAAAAUGUCCAGGUCUUCUCAGUGGGCGACGGCAAGCGACGAGGUGAGAGGGAGCUCAACGUGUGGUUCGCGGCCCAUGGAUCACCCUACUACAAGGCCGAGAAGCUUCACGGCUACGUGUCCGCCAGCAAAGCCAAGUUGGAGGCAGCGUUAGGUGUAUCCAUCUCUCAGGUGGGCGUUGAUGAUUGCCCCUUCACCGACUGCAGCCAGUCGGGGGGCUGCAGCAGUGUGGUGUCCUUUAGCCGUGUCCCAGUGGCCCUGAGCUCUGGUAACACCUCUCUGGUGUCUGUGUCUGCCUCUCCGGAGCCCCGCUGUGGCUGCAGCGCCCGGGAGAGGCCCCACCUGUCCUGCUCAUCCUACCCAGCCAACCCAUGCCUCAACGGGGGCACCUGUCUGGACAGCGAGCUGGGAUACAGAUGUAGGUGUCCUUCCAUGUACGAUGGUCCAGAGUGCCAGCAAACCAAACACACCUUCGGAGGGCAGGGUUACGCCUGGUUCCCUCCCAUCAAGCCUUGCUUCCAGAGCCACAUCUCCCUGGAGUUCCUGGCUGAAACGGCCAAUGGGCUGUUUCUCUAUAAUGGACCACUAGGCCCCACCUACUCCGAAGAGCAGGAGGACUUCAUCGCUAUAGAGCUGAGAAACGGCAUUCCUGUUCUCAGUAUUAACCAUGGAUCAGGAACACUUACCCUUCAGCUCCACCCCAAGGCCACUGUCACCGACCGCCGCUGGCAUCGCCUGGACAUCAUCAGCAACGGCAAGGCUGUCCAACUGAUCCUGGACCAGUGUGGGGGGGCAGUGGUGAAUGAGGUGGAGGGGUUGGGAGUGGAGCUUCAUGAAAUGGACCAGUCAGGCUGUAAAGCCUCAGGAGAAACGCCAGGGAACCAGAGGUAUCUGAAUGUGUUCCAGCCCCUGCAGCUUGGAGGAGUGAAGGACUCCACCCCAUACCAUCACUACAGGAGCUACAGCGGCUGUAUCCGUAACCUAAUGGUGGACAGCCAGGUAUAUGACCUGGCCUCACCAGGGGAGAGUGUGGAUAGCGCCCCCGGCUGCGGGCUCACAGACGGUGUGUGUGUAACGACAGCGGGCCCCUCCUGUGGUGUCCACGGGACCUGCCUGGGAGAGUGGGGGUCCUUCAGCUGCGAAUGUCACCCUGGAUACACCGGACACAAAUGCGAAAAGGUCAUACCGGAGUGGUCCUUGGAUUUAGGUAGCGUACUUCGCUACCAGAUGAGAGGAGGUGGGAGCCCCCGGCGUACACACACCCAGCUCCUCCUCCGCACCCGGUCCUCCACUGGUACCCUGCUCUCCAUGACCUCACGAGACGGCAAUGAGUUCAUCGUCUUAGAGAUCAUGGAGGGUCUCCUCUCGGUGCGUGCUAACCUUGGGGAUGGGGCUCACACCCUGCAUCUGCCUGGCCAGAGGCUGGAUGGUGGACAGUGGAUCCUGGUCAGCCUCCAUCGCUAUGACAACCUUUUCACACUGCGCCUGGGGCAGGGUGGCGGGAUGCGGGAGGUCAGUGCCCAGCUGGGGAAACGACGGGAGAUCAUGGUCCAUCCAUCCAGCGUGAUGGUUGGCAACGGACCCAACCCCGAAGACAAGGCUGACUUCCAGGGCUGUCUGCGUGACUUGCGUCUGAAUGGUCACUCCCUCCCUCUGGACGGUCAGAGCUCAGAGUUUGUGACGGUAUUGGAGCGUAGGGGCGUGACACCGGGGUGUCGGACCGACGCCUGCAGCUCCAGACCCUGCCGCAGCCCGCUGUACUGUGUGGACCUGUGGAGAAAACAUCAGUGCAGGUGCCCAGGCGGUCAGGUGACCGUGAUGGACAACACAACAGGCCAGCAGCGCUGUGUGCCCUCACCUUGCGGCCCCUCAGCAUGUCGCAACGGCGGUGUGUGCCAGGCUGUAUCCCCAGACAGCUACCAGUGUCGCUGUCAGGAGGGGUUUCGGGGUCAACGCUGUGAGAUUGGCCAGGUUAAAGGCCAUCGCCUGGCUGCACUCAGCCCGAGCUCUAUCCUGGCCAUCAGCAUGUGUUUGCUGGUGUUCUUCGCUGUGCUGGUAGCAGUGACUGUGUGGAACCAGAAAGGAAGUCGUAAUAAGUUCCGAAAGCGCGGUGUUUACCACAUUCCUGCUGAACAUGAGAGUUGGGAGGACAUCAGAGAAAACAUCCUCAACUAUAAUGAGGAGGGGGGCGGGGAGCAGGACCAGAAUGCCUAUGAUAUCACCGAGCUAAAGCGGCCCUUGUGCUCCAGCCUGUCCCAGUCCUCCUCUUGCACCACAGCCCCCCUCAUCAAGUCCUCCCAGGGCUCCCAGGAAGAGGUGCACCCCUCUAGCUCGUCUUGCAGCUCUGGGGCUCCCUACCUCAGUAUACCCCACCAUCACCACCACCAUCACCAGCACCACCCCCAUGCUAGCAACACUAGCAGUGCCAGCUACGAUGCUAACUAUGCUAAUGGAGCGGACUACACUAGCGGAGCUAAUUAUGUUAACCAUGCUACCCACAAGACUGGAAAUGUUGAGACGAGCGGUGCUGAGGCUAGCUACAUGAAUGCCCCCGCUGCGGGUUCACACUCUCACGUGGACUUUAAAAGUUAUGUGGCCCGCAUCAUCUGGGAGGCAGACAAUGACAGCGAAGCCUUUCCGCUGGAUGCCUACCAUGUCUGGUGCGUAGAAGGCUCUGGAUCGUCGGUUGGAAGCCUCAGUUCGCUGGGGUCGGCCACUUCCCACCGAAAUGUCACCGUGUCUGGGGAGGAGGAGGAAGAAAAGGGGGAGUUUGGUUACGAUAGGCUAUCACGUUGGGGGCCAAAGUUCCAGGCACUCAGUGAAAUGUAUGAUCGGCCCCAGUUGGCCCUCACCUACAGGGACGCAGUGAGCUACAUGCAGCGGAGCCACAGUCAGGAUCCCCUCCCCCACCCACAUUAG